GAUGUGGCUCAGUGGUAGGUGCUCCUGGGUUCAAUCCCUGAUACGCCCCCCCCAAUUAAAAUAAAUAAAAUUCAUAGGUGCUUAUUAUUAAAUAAAACAGGAAGUCAGAUAUACCUGAAGAGCUAAAAGAGACUUAAAGUGUGUAAGCAUCAGGGUCACCGUGGGAGUGGUCCAGGCUGGACGUGGCCCCCGGCCGUGGGGUGCUGAGCCUGGGGUGCCCGUCCUGUGUCCCACACUCGGCACACAGCAGGCCUUCAGGGCAGGGCACUUCAUUCCUGAGCUCCGACCUCCAGGUCACAGGGAAGGAAGGGGGACAUGGUCCUCCCCACUGUCCUUCGCUGCUCUGCUGGCCUCCUGCCUCUCCUGGCAGCCUCUGGAGCUGAGGGCUGCCUUCCUGCCCCUUCCAGCUCCUGAGGCCAACUGCCCUCUGCCUCUGCCCUGCAGCUGCUCUCCUCCCAGCAGCUCUGGCCCAACCAGGGCCCUGAGUGUGGGGGCAGCCCUCCCCCUCCAGGCUGCCCUCCCCCUGCACACACUCCCCUCCCCCAGCUUCAUCUGGCUCAUGGACAAGUGGGGGAAGGAGACGUGGGACAGACAGACAAGCAAGGCCAAGUGUCUUCCCCUGGCCAGGGCCCUCUGGGGCUCCCUCUAGCUGUUGGUGGCCCUUGCUGCAGUGAAAUCCACAGUGCUCAAUUCAGAGGGCCCCUGAUGGCUAGUGCAGGCCACUAGGGGUUGAGUGGUAAGCGUUUUAUGCAGGCCCAGGAUGAAUGUUCACGCCACAAAGGUUCCCUUGAAGGCUGUAGGGCGUUGCAUCUUCUUGAACAGAAAUGUAGCUUGCUUUCUGAGCCGCAGGGGGGAUGGUUUCAAGGUGGACAGACUCUAACUAUUUUAUGGUUACCUUGAGCAACUGGAAUAUUCUUCUAACUCUCCAAAAUAUAUAAAUGGAUUUAAGAGACAAUCUUCAAUCCUCUCCUUCUAUAAAAUCAGAUUAGCCUCGUGGUGAGGGCAGGCCCUUAAUCCCUUCAGCUCAGGAGGCUGAGGCAGGAGGAUCAGGAGUUCAGAGCCAGCCUCAGCCAAACUGAGGCCCAAAGCAACUCAGUGAGACCCUGUCUCUAAAUAGAAUACAAAAUACGAAUGGGGGUGUGGCUCAGUGGUGGAGCGCCCCUGAGUUCAGUCCCCAGUCCCCAACCAAAACAAAUUACUUCCAAACUGGAUAUUUGAAAAAAUUGCAUGAAACUUUGAUUUUUUUAGUAUUUAUGACUACUCUGGAGUAGAAAGCAAGACUUCACACCAAAGUGGAAGAGACGUUCUUAUACACUCAGAGACACGCCCCAGCACUUCAGCAGGCACAGUGUCCGUCUGUCCAUUGGUCAUACACACUCGAGUGAACCCUUCUGGUGGAUGCAUUUAUGCUCUCAAUUUUGUCCAGAAAAACAACAGUGAUUCAAAAACAACAGUGAUUCAAUCUUGAAUCAAAAAAAUAAAGUUCUUACCUCUCUAGUGAAAGAUUAUAGCGUGCACAGGGUUUAAGGUAAGAAACAGGACAAAUUCACGCGGACAUACAACAUAGUCUCCUUACUCUCGUGUUGGCGAUGUGCUGGAGCAUCGCACUCGCACACAUUUUAGAAAUGUGAGUGGCUGUGAGCGUCUUGACUCCUGAAGUUGCUAUUUAGUAAAGAAUUGGGGUGUCACUGGGAGAAUUCUGUCACUCCUGGGGGUGGAGACAAUGACAUGGGUUAGGCCUGGGGACCUGUGAAUUUUCUCUCUCCUGCUUGUUCCUCUGCCCUGCACUGAAGCUCAUUGGCCACACGGGCUCAUUCCAACUCCCUCAACUAACACUAUAAAUACAGGUCGGACUCAUUCACGUUCAGUGUCACAUCUCCUCGAAGCAGAUCCCGGAUAUAGGUCACUUAGUGGGCAGGUCACCCCAAGGAAACAACAGACGGGCCAUGCCACGUGUCUCCGACAGCCCCAAGUCUCCCUAAGGCACCCUGCCGUCCCCUGCUGAGGGGUAGAAAGAAGUUGGUGGUCACAUGUCUGUGCAUGCUCAGCUCAAAGUCACUGUGAAAGGUUCAGACGGGGAACACAGACAUUUCAAGGUGGCAGACUUGAGCCCCCUGGGCAUGCUCAGUUCAGGUCCCAGAGACGGCAGGUGUGAACCUCUCUAGACAGGCUCAGUUCAAUAGGAAAUGAUCCAAGCGUUAUCUUGGAACCUAAAAGAAAACAAUAAAUAAAGAGUGGUCCCGGGAUCUUAGAUGUCACGGCUGGUUCUUUGUUUCUCCAAACAGUUUGAGCUAGAAUAAAACCCACACCAUAUCGAAGGUGUGUUAGGAAUUGGCCUGUAAACGUGCCUGUCCCACUUAGUAGCUAACAGACUCAGUCCCUGGCGAGGGGGACAUAUUUUAGCCCCAAACUGCUCCGGGAUUCAAUCUCCAUUACGGUUGGCUUGGAAGUUUGUCCAACUGGACGUGAUUUUUAUAUUUGUUCAAGGGCUCCUUUUCCUCAUCUCUAGUGUAUGCUCACAGCUCUCUAUCAGAGAUGGGCAAACCAGGGCCCAGGGGCCACACCCACCCUAAACCUGUUUGGAACCUAAGGUUUUCCUGGAAUGCAAUUACACUUGCUUUCCCAUCCCAUCUGGCUCUUCUAGAAAUCUCUUUUCACAUCACAGAGCUGGAGAUCCUUUCUUAAAUAAGGAAUUGGCCAAAAAAAAAUGACCUCCCAUGGAAUGAAGACAGGUAUCUCCUUCCCCUCCACCCACCGGCUGACCCCACCCUAAGUGCCGGACACUUGGCCCUGUGUGACCCCAGAACUCUUCACACUUCCUCAGUGAGUCUAGCUCUGUCUUCUCCACACAGUCCUCAUUCUAAACCUGGGUGAACGGGUGCCGCGCUCUUGUUGCCUCCUUAGUUUCUAUACUUUGUCCCCACCCCCUUCCAUUUUGGCAUUUGGGACUUCCCAGUUGCUUUCUCAUAGGUGUGCUUUGAAAAGGAAAUUUUCUCCAAAAAUGAUCGCUGCACACCACCUUCAACAGACUUCCAAACACUGCAACGGAUUCCCCGACAACCCGUUGACAGUUGUUUUUGAAGUAUUUCCAACCAUCAGUGGGAAAUGCACCUCUCUCUACUCCAAGAUUAACAAUAGAAAUGAAGGAAACCGUCAUAUAUGAACACGUGGAGCUGACCAUUACGGGAAAGUCCGUGUAAAAUCAAGCUGCCGGUAUAAAUAGAUCGUCCUGGAUGAUCUUAGCCAUUUCCAUAAAAGCUAAAUUGCAAAAAAGUGAUAUUAACCACCAUCUCAGGAGAAUGAAACAUAACCAUCCUUCCUGAUAAGAUUAGUUAUUUAUUCUUCCUUAAGAGCGCAUCCCAGUGUAUUAUGGUCAGUUUGGGGGAGAGGUUUCUAGGGGUUGAACACAGGGGCAGGCGCUUAACUACUAAGCCUCAUACCCAACCCCUUGUCCGCUAAAUCUACAGACAUGGUCUUGCUAAACUGCUUGGGGGCUUCACUAGUUGCUGAGGCUGGCCUCAAACUUGCUAUCCUCUUGCCUCCGACUCCUGAGCUGGUGCCCCUGCAGGCGGGCUCCACCACGCCCAGCUGUGUUCCAGUUGACAGUGUGGCCAGCGCCCCUCUCCAAUAGCUGAAAUGAUUAAGUGGGAUUGCCGACUGGAUUGGUUUAAGAGGUGAGGAUUAAGAAGAUUCUGGGUGUGCCCAUGGGGUGUGUGUGUCUUGGAGUGAUUGGCUUCUGGCCGAGCCAAUUGGAGAGGAGACCCUCCCUAAGCGGGGGCAGCUCAGAUCAACAGGAUGGCGGAUAAAAGCCAGAGGCACAGGGGGGCCCCAGCAGAGACAAGCUCCCUUCUUCUGCAAAGGGCUCUUGAUGGAUCCUGCGACCAACUCAGGUUGUGCACUCUGACAACCUCUUCCAAAGUGGACUCUGCCCGUGAUUCUGCAGGGAGUUUCCAGAAGCCUUGGGUCGUGGACCAGGGAAGACGGUGGACCCUCUGGUCCUGGGCCCAGCCUCCUGGAUUGUGCGCCUCCUGGUUCUGCCAGCUCUCCAGCCUGCAGACGGCCGCGGUGGACUCUCCAGCGUCUGGUGGCACGAGGCGACCUAAUAUCAUUGUGCCUCCUGUUGGUUCGGUUCCUCCAGGGAAUCCUAAUCCCAUCGUCGACGGCAGAAAUUCUUCUCAGGUGAAAGGAGAAGCAGGUCAAGACCCUUCUACCCAGAGCGCGUGUGCAGGAGCCGCAGAGCCAGGAGAGAGGACUGCGCUCCACUGCCCUCCAAAGAGGGUGGGACCUGGGCUGUUGCCUCCUGCUGUGACGUCCUAGUGUCCUCAAGGUUGGGGGACAUAGCAACCGGGCUCCCACGCGCUUGGCUUGCCUGGACACCCAGCACCACUUGACAGUGUACCUGUGGCUUCUCCUCUCGACGCGAGUUGUCUGGAAGCAGCCCCCGCAGCCCCGCGCUCAUGGGCGGCUCCCUGGCCAGGUGCCUGCAGAGGUGCCUGCGCACCGCCUGGGCCGCGCUGCCGUCCUGCCGCGCGCAGCAGCCCGGUUCUGCCAGCCCCAGGUCCGUGCGCCGACCCCGGGACCCAGGGCUCUUCCAUCCUGCGCUCAUCUUCCCGGGCUUCUUUGUCCUCUCCCGAGCCCUGCCCCGCAUCGUGCCAAAGACGGAGCCAAAUGAAGGCCCCAGGCCAGCGGACCCCCCGGAUGCCCAGCCCGGGGCGCCCAAGCCCCCUCUCUGGCAGCUCUUGAAGGCGGGGCUGAGCGCUCCUGGCCCAGGCCACACCAAGAGAGGGCCUCCGGGUGCCCAGAGGCGCCGACGGAUCCGCAGCCCGGUCACAGUCCUCAUCGACCCGCCCCAGCGCCCAGGGACCCGCUACGAGUGCCCACCCGUGGCGCCCACCGCAGACCCGUGCGCCAAGGCCACCGUGCUCCAGGCCCUCAGUAAGUGCCCCAAAGGCAGAAAGAAGUUUGACGGUCCUCUCUGGUUUGAGAAGCCAGAGCCUGAGGUCCCCAAGCCCCAGGUGGACAAGCCCCAGGUCGCCAAGCCCCAAGUCCCCAAGCCCGAGGAUCCUAAGCUUGAGAUUCCAGAGCCCCCGAAGACCCCGGAGCCCAGACCGUCUGCUUUCGCGCCUGUGAUCAGCAACGGAGUGGCGCGGCCCUUCGCGCCCCAGCCGGAACCUCUCACCAGGAUCUUCCGCCCAGUGCCCAGGAGACCCAGGCAGGGCCUGCCCCCCAGCCACCCCUUGGCUGGCCGUGCCCGCUGUGUCCCCUGGUGCCGGCACUGCACCGGCCAAGGACACUGUCUUGCAGCUGGAGACCCGGGAGCAAGUGCCCCCCAGUCCAGGGGCCUCGGGCCUGGCCGCCGGGCUCAGCAGCCUCAGCAGAAGAGCCCCGCUGAGCCCCGGAGACCACCCAGCCCCAUGGUGCCCCUGACGGCCCCCAGAGGGCCCAACGGCCACCUUCUGUUCAGAUACACACCUACAGUCACCAUCGUGUCCUACUGACUCCGCUCUACCCCACGGGGAGGCUUUGGCCACCCGCAGACUGGCCACUGCUUGGACUCACAGGUCUGCCACUCCCCAACCUUCCUCUUUGUCACCUGAGGAGCCCCCACUCCAGGAGACUGUUGACCCCUCACCCCUGGCCGCCCACUCCCGCUUCUCCCUGGGAAGAGACUGACCAGGGAGGCAGCCUCCGCCCCACGUGCCCAUUUCUUAGUAAAGUGAUGCUUCCUGUUUCAUGGAGUAGGAAUAGGAAUAGUGAAGGUUUGUUCUCCUAGAGAUUGUCCUGUUCUUCCUUUCCAAGACUCUCCCUGGAGGUUCUCCAACUGGACACUGUAGAGGAUGGGGCCAGACCUUCUGGUGGUUGGUGCUGUGCUGUGCAUGGGAGGGGGGACCAGCAGCCUCCCUGGUCUCUGAGGGGCAGCUGAGCCAAUCCACAGUGUCACCAGGCAAUUUCUAAUGGCUCACAUGGCUCUCAGUGGAAGCCACCCAUCUAGCUAAUUUACAAGAAGAAAAGGGGAUAUUUUAAUAAUGUGCUUUCAAGUAAUAAAGAUUAGAAGUAUAAUAAUUUGUGUAGCACAUUGUCAUUUGUACAAAUUAUGUUAUGUAACUAUCCGUCCGUGUUCUCAGGAUGUCCUUUGUAACAUACUGAUGGGUUUAUCUCUGCAUUUAGGUAGCUUAGAUGUUGUCGAUUCAAUAUGAACUUAUCUUUUAUCAAUGAAGUUGGUUAAACUAUUUUAAAAUAGUAAUGGGCACAUUACUAAUGAUAACAUAAUAUAUUCUGUAUUCUGUAACAUAGUUAAUAUUAUUCUAUUAUAUAAACGAUACAGAAACUAUGAAGUUGUGUUUCUGAUGUGAUAAAGAAGGGCAGAAACCAGGCUGAGGUCCCUUGGACACUUGGCCUGGGCGGAUCUUUCUAUGCAAAGUCUCCACACAGUGUUGGAAUUUGAGCCUCGUGGUCUUCCUGUUGAGAGGCAGGGGACCCAGCUGUACCCAAGCCGUCCCUCUUCCCCUGGAGCGUGGUGUCCAGGGUGGAGCAGAAGAGAGACCAGGAAAUGCACAGACACACCUUGGGGUGGGGCUGGAGGGACGGCAAGCUCUGAGAGAAAAAUAGUGGUCGUUCUAGAGCUUCUCAGGGAAACCGGAAAAAAAAAAAGAAUCAACCUUGUAGCUUGAAAGUUUGCAUCAUUCAUGUCUGGGAUGGACAGGGCACAGUGUGUCAAUGAUAGAGAAGAAGGGCUUUGGCCUCUGAUUGUAUCAACUGAGACACUCUGGGCACUUGGGAUGGUCUGUCCCCUGUAGGAUAGGAUUGUCCUGAACCUUGGGUCCAUUAUUUCUCUCUGGUCUCUGCUGUAAAUGCUGCAGCUCUCUCCAGUCCUGGGUGUAGGUCCAACCCCCAACUCCCACUCUACCCCAUCCCCGUGCACAUGCACACACACACACACAGACACACACACACACACACACAUAUUUCUGGGUGGAGCCAAUACUAGGUGGUUAAACUGCCAGGCAGCCCGGCUCUUCAUCUGUAGCCGCAAAGUUGCCAUGCACAGAGGUUACCCCAAACCUUGAGGCUCUAUUUCAAGAAAAUUUAUGUAUGAAGACUGAAUUUGGAAAUCUGGGUCAUUUUCAGGUACCACAGACCCCUUCUCUGUCUCUGUCAGACACUUAAGUGUGUAAGCCUCAGGGUCACCAUGUGAGUGGUCCAGGCUGGACGUGGCCCCCAGGCCGUGGGGUGCUGAGCCUGGGGUGCCCGUCCUGUGUCUCACACUCAGCACACAGUAGGCCUUCAGAGCAGGGCACUUCAUUGCUCAGCUCUGACCUCCAGGUCACAGGGAAGGAAGGGGGACAUGGUCCUCCCCACUGUCCUUGGCUGCUCUUCUGGCCUCCUGCCUCUCCUGGCAGCCUCUGGAGCUGAGGGCCGCCUUCCUGCCCCUUCCAGCUCCUGAGGCCAACUGCCCUCUGCCUCUGCCCUGCAGCUGCUCUCCUCCCAGCAGCUCUGGCCCAACCAGGGCCCUGAGUGUGGGGGCAGCCCUCCCCCUCCAGGCUGCCCUCCCCCUGCACACACUCCCCUCCCCCAGCUUCAUCUGGCUUAUGGACAAGUGGGGGCAGGAGACGUGGGACAGACAGACAACCAAGGCCAAGUGUCUUCCCCUUGGCCAGGGCCCUCUGGGACUCCCUGUAGCUGUUGAUGACCCUCGGUCCUGGUGGGCAUCCAUAGCUCUCCAUUCGAAGUGGUCUGUGGGAGCCUUUGGGGCCCCCUCUGGGGACCUCUGUCCUGCAGGUCCCUCUUACAUGGGAGAUGCACCGUGACUUCUUCAGACCCCCCACCCAGCACGGCUCGGCCUCCCAUGGCGCACCUCCAGCCCCACUCCGCCACCUUGCCUGGCCCUGCAGUGGAUUUUCACAGCCCCAGACUGCGUCCUGUUCCUCUUGGAAACCUCCUUUGGCCCCAGGAAGGCGCCCAGGUCCAGGCGGCUCUGCACCAUUAGACCUCUCCUGCUGAGAGGCUCCCGCUAGUUUCUGCCCCACGGCAGGCACACGCAGGGACCUGGCAUGCCGUCCUCUCUCUGGAACCCUAGCUCCUGCUCUUCUGGUGGCAACUGGAGAGAGUCCUGAGAAGGUCUUUGACCGGGGAGCAUGCAGCCAGGGGCAGCCGUGCCAGUCUCCCCUGUCACAGACACCUCUGCCCUCUGAUCCUAUCAGUUCUGUACCUGGCUUGAGGUGCCAGGCCAGCAUCACU